AUGGACGAGAAAGGAAUGUGCGAGUUAUUUCUUGAAGCUGAUAAAUUUUUUAAUGGUAAAUAUGUCAUAUUGAAUAAAAUUAACGGAUCUUCAUCAUACAAACGAUAUUGCCACAAUAAAAGAGCAUGCUUAAGUAGGGAUGAAGGUAUUGGUGCUUUGAGUGAGGGUUUAUUUAUGAAGCUUUACACUAAUGAAAAGAAGUAUUCUGAACAUUUUAUGAUGUGGUUAGCUAAUAAGUUAUUUAAGAUAGUCAAAGACAAAGACAAUAUCAAAGCUAAUAAAAUGACUUUAAGUUCGGCUUAUGACGAAUAUUUAAAGAACAAUAUGGGUAAUUUUAAACAUUGGAAUCUUUUAUAUAAUCAAAGGGAUUUGAAAGAUGUUAAUCUUAGGUAUAUGUGUGAAUUGUAUACGUUACUUAAUUAUAUAUGUAAUACAAUUGCAUAUUAUAAAAAAAAUAAAGAAAAACCUUUGGACCUUCGUCAGCAUUCUGUAAAUUGUCUUAAUCAAUAUAGAAACCUAUACAAGUCUUUUUCUGGACGUGAUUUAUAUCUAUCUCUGUUGGAAAAAUUAAAAAAAAUAUAUGACGACUUUCGAACUUCUGCUAUUGAGAAUAAUACUGAUAAAAGAUAUAAUAUAAAAAGUCGUCUUCUAGAACUUACGCCAAUAAAUGAAAAAGAUUCACAUUCUACGAAACAUUUUAAAACAUUUGAUUCCAACGGUCCAGAGCGUAUACCAAAAAAUAAAGAUAAUGCCAAAAGUGUUCAAGAUAAAGCAGUAAAAGAUACAACCACACAAAAUAGUAAAAAUCAAGGGGGGGAUAAAAGUAGUCAAAAUAGUACCCCUAAAAAUACAGGUGAUAAUUUAAAAGAUUUGGAGGUUAAAUCUCAACAGAAGCAAAACAUUCAAUUGCCAAAACAUGAUGAACCUUCAUUAAAAGGUGAUUCCCAAUCCUUAAAUCUUGGCAGUAAGCAUACAGGUACUCAAAAAGCUCCAAGUGAUCAAACAAAUCCAAGCAACGAGUCAGAAACUAAUCAAGGUAAAAUAGAUAUAUACCAAAACCUAAAAGAUAUUCACGAUGUUUUUGAUUUGUCAACUUUAAAAGAAUAUGGGAAUUUAAUUAAAAUCUAUAUUGAAGAAUACAGAGAAUCUGUUACUAAUUCACUUGAUGAUAUUCGAAAAAAAUUAUACGAUAAUGUAUUGCCUAUUUUAAAUGAUGCUUAUAGUACUUAUGCAGAUUAUUAUAAAAAUUUUGAUAUAAUGGAAUACAUUAAAGAAGGAUUGCAAGCAAAUGAAAGACACCAAACUGAAACAUUAGAGGAUAACCCACCAAUUAAAGAGGAUGGAUUAGAAUAUGCUCCUCCUUUACCAGAUAGCGGAACAUCAGAUGCCGAAAAAAAAAAAGCACAAGAUACGCAAACACAAAUGUUAGGUGAUCAAGGAAAUGAUCAUUUACAAGAGUCAUUUUUUACACAAAAACUUGGAUCACCAAAUAGUGAACAAGAACAAAUUUCAGAUAUUUCCUCUGAGGAACAAUUUCAAUCAUCAGACGAUUCUAUCAAUAUAAUGCCUCGUCUAGAAAUUGGAGCAAGAACCAUUAAAGCCGAUGUACAAAAAGGCAUAUCUGAAAUAGGAUUUCCAGGAAAUUUAUUUAAAGAAUACAAAUUAGUUGUAUAUUCAGUUAUAGUUAUUGCAACACUUGUUAUUUUAGCAGUUAUGUAUAAGUAUUCCUCAUUUGGGUGGAGAAAAAAGUUGAAGAAAAAAAAAAAUAUGAAAAAGAUUAAAAAAUUGUGUAAUGAAAAUGAUACUGAAAGGAAGUUGCAAAUACAUUAA